GCUCGAGGAAUUCUUUAUCUUCACGAGGACUCUCGACUAAGAAUUAUACAUCGUGACCUCAAAGCAAGCAAUAUUCUGCUAGAUGGAGAUAUGAACCCCAAAAUCUCAGAUUUUGGCUUGGCUAGGAUUUUCGUAGUCGAUCAAACUCAAGCAAGUACCAAUAGAAUUGUUGGAACAUAUGGUUAUAUGUCCCCCGAAUAUGCAAUGCAUGGGCGUUUCUCUGUCAAGUCUGAUGUCUAUAGCUUUGGUGUCUUAAUCCUUGAGAUUAUAACCGGAAAGAAGAACAGUUCCUUCUAUCAAACAGGGGGUGCUGUAGACCUUGUGAGCUAUGUUUGGAAACAUUGGAGAGAUGGGACACCAUUGGAAGUGCUGGAUCCAACUCUGACAUAUACAUAUUCAAGAAAUGAAGUAAUUAGAUGCAUCCACAUUGGAUUGCUAUGUGUUCAAGAAGAUCCAGCUAUCAGGCCCGCAAUGGUAACAAUUGUUCUCACACUCAAUACUUACUCGGUUACCUUACCAUUACCUCAAGAGCCUGCUUUUUUUUUCCAUAGCACUAUAACAGAUGAAGUGAACAGUUCAAGCAAGGAAUUUCUUUUAGAACAUUCUAAAAGCAAGUCUGUUGCUUAUUCUGUUGAUGAAGAUUCAAUUACUGAAGUAUAUCCUCGAUAGGGAGUAUAUGAAUUUUCUCUAAAAUAAUCCUCGAGAAAAACAUGAGGUCAAUUUUUCAGUACCGAACACUUUACAAUUGUAAUUUUUAUUGUUUAAGAAUAAAACACACAAGUACUUGGAUGAAUG